GAUAAACACGAGUCUAAACGCAGCGUUUUAGAUUUACCCUAUGGCUUUGGUGAUGUUUUUCGGUGGCGGAGUGUGAGCGGUGAGAGGAGGGGGAAUUCAAUUCGGUUCCUUGAGAUUCAAUUUUACUGAAGUUGGAGAAGGAAAUUGAAAAACAGAAGAAAAUUGAAAUGCAGAAGAGGAAGAAUUUCAGAAAAAGAAGCAUCCAAGAAGACGAAGGAGAUGACCCCGCCGCCAAAUCAGACGACGAAGAAGACAGAAGAUUGGCGUUAGAGGAAGUGAAAUUCCUGCAGAAACAGAGGGAGAGGAAAUCAGGAAUCCCUGCAAUUCCUACGGUGCAAACGGGAGGCAUGAUCGCUAAAGUGACCGAAAAGGGCGAACCUGAUGGAGAAAAGGAGGAGCUUGUUCUUCAAGACACCUUUGCUCAAGAAACGGCCGUCUUGGUUGAGGAUCCAAACAUGGUAAAAUAUGUAGAGCAAGAAUUGGCAAAGAAAAGAGGAAGGAACAUGGAUGAGAAGAAUGAAGUUGAGAAUGAUUUAAUGCGAGCCGAAGAUGAAUUAUAUAAAAUUCCGGAGCAUCUUAAAGUGAAAAAACGGAAUUCAGAAGAAAGUUCUACUCAGUGGACUACUGGGAUUGCUGAAAUUCAGCUGCCUAUUGAGUACAAGUUAAGGAAUAUAGAGGAAACAGAGGCUGCCAAAAAGCUUCUACAAGAAAAGCGGCUCAUGGGACGGGCAAAAUCAGAAGUUAGCAUCCCAUCAAGUUACAGUGCUGAUUAUUUCCAGCGUGGCAGAGAUUAUGCUGAGAAACUUAGAAGAGAACAUCCUGAGCUGUACAAGGACAGAAGUUCACAGGUUGACAGUGCUGGCUCCAGACCAACCGAUACCAGUACUGAUGCGGCAGGAAGUAGGCAAGCUGCAACUGAUGAGUUUAUGCUAGAACGCUUCCGAAAACGUGAACGCCAAAGAGUAAUGCGGAGAUAGCACACAUGCAGUUAUACAAGCAGCAUGUCAACCAUGGUUGAAAUUUCAAGCUUCAUGUCCUAUUAUUGGUUGCAGUGCUACUUGUCACCAAGAUGUCCAGUUAGCAACAAAAGAACAUGUUACUCUUAGAAACUGUUGUUAUGACUGAUGAACAUUUGUACAUUUUCACUGAGUAUGCUUGGUUCAACUUUUAUUUAGUUGUCAAUGCCUGUAUGGCUUGACAAUUGAGAUCCAGCUCUUUUAACCAGGUAUUAUUAUCAAUUCCGGAACCCAGCAUCCAAAACA